CUAAAAUACAGUGUACACAGUGUACUGAGAAUACUCACUGCCUUGAUGAGAUCGAAUGGUCGAUCUAAUUGCUUCAAAUUUCAACCUGUUCCAAGAACUAUUACACCUCACCAUGCUCAAUUAAUAGCAUCGGAUUUGAAGGAUCGCAACGUGGCAGAUGUGCGAUGGUGGCUGAUGCAUCCAGCUAGUUUGAAUCGCUUUAGCGUUAAAGAACUUCAAGCUAUAUCCAAAUUCCUCUCCACGUACCAGAUCACAGCUAAUGCACCAUGCAUUAGCAAGAUAAAACCAAGAUUAAUUCAACAGCUUACACACGUUCUGUUUCCUGGUUACAUUGCUAACGAAGCACAAGAAAAAUGGGUUCAGCGCUUGGAUAGGAAUGGCCAAUUGAAGAAGAUUUUUCCUCGAAAUGCCUCAGUGGAGAAAUCAGAACAAGGAAUACAAUUUGCCUAUGAACAAUUGCCCAGGUGCGAUUUUAUACAGGAUCGAGAAGAAGUCUUGCAGGUCAAGUUGGACGCUGGCUUGACUGCUACAUUUACUCCAGCUGAUUUGCGGUCUGUGCUCAUCAAAGGCAAGCUACGACCGCAAGUACAAAUCUAUGCAUACAUUUGGAGAUAUGAUUGUCGAUCCGUGGAUCCCGAUAAUUUAGAAUCUAUCCGCAUGGGAGACAAAGCAUGUAAUCUGAGUGAUGCGUCGCAGACCGUGUUCAAGAAAGGUGGUCAUCAUAUGAAUAUCACAGAUUGUCUACCUUGGGGGAUAAUCAGAGGAAAGGCACCUGACGAUGGGUCCCAGUGCACAAUCUCACUACAUCUAAAGCAUGAUGCUGAACAGCCAGUGUACAUAUCACUGUGUUCGGUGUACCGAAAAACCGCUUCACAGUUGGCUGCAGGUCUCAUCAUGCAAGAUAUUUGCCAUUGCAUUAACCAGUCAUAUGCCAAACACAAACAAGACACUUUGUAUAAACUGCCGAAUUUGUACCCUAUUUUGGGUUUGGGCGACUCCGUCACUGCUAACGAGCUUGACGAUGCAAGGCAAAAAUACAAUACCACUAUAGGCGUCCUAGGCCACGAUUGCUUGGACCACUCAGCUACCGACGACGACUCUGACAAUGCAGAUGUUUGUAUAGUGGGCGAUGAAGUCGUUUCAUUGCGAGACCCGGUCACAUUAGUCCGUAUUGAUAUUCCAGGAAAAGGCCUUCAUUGUAUGCACUCCGGUUGCUUCGACAUAGAAACGUUUUUACGGUUUCACGAACAUGCAACAGAAUGGAAAUGCCCUCAUUGUUUUGAUAAAAUCACGGGUGUCCAGGACAUAUGCAUUUCUGGGACAUUCUUACAAUACCUCAACCAAUUCCCGGAGGAAGACAGAAUCGUCAAACGAUCUGAUGGUACAGUUCACAAGUCCAUGGUGUCUAUACAGACGCGAAAAAGGACGAUAGAAACAAGUCAUGUCGAAGAAUACAAUCCCAACAAAUUCAGAGUAAUAGAGUGUGGCGAUGGCGAUGGUGACAACUCGACUACUCCCGAGCCAGUUGAAAUCGCCACAGCAACAAAGCUAUCAACGACAUGGCGGGUAUCGUCAGAUACUGUGGACAUACUGGACCUAGAUUAGACUAUUAUAAAACCCUUCAUAUACCAUUCAAAAAGCACAUAUUUCCUUCCAUGUAUUCACCUUUCUCAAUGUGACAUAUUAAAACUCAUUCUACUCAGUUUCUCUAUUUGCAGUAUCACUCUGACCAUGCCUAAACACUAUGGAUUAUGUAAAGUGU